CGCGAUGCAGUGGGACCUGCAGUCAGUGGUCUCGUUUCUCCUCUCCCGCACGCCCACGCCAGAGCUGGGUACGCGGCCACUGCUGGUUCUCCUCGCCGCCCUGCUCGUCCUGUUUCUCUGGUACUGCUAUCGGGUCGGAACUGAGGACCAGGAUUCGGAGAACGGCGGUGGCGGAGCUGCGAGGCGGGCCCGGCACCGCAUUGGAACCAUGCGGGCGCUCAGCAUGCCUGGCUCAGCUGCUGGGCUGGAUCACUCGGACCUUGGGAUCAUCCCCAUCGGCGGGCCAGAGCACGGCGGAUACUUUGCACCGAUCCUGACCAGCCCAUCCUUCCCGGACCUGGGUCAGGCCAGCCCAGGAAACCGAAAGCUGUAUCGGAACCUGCAGGAGUACGCCAAUCGCUACUCCUGGGCAGGCAUGGGCCGCAUUCACAAGGGAGUGAGAGAGCAGGCUCGCUAUCUCUCAGACAGGCUCACUGUUCAGAAGCCCAAGGUGUUCUUUCUCCCUGAUCUCCCCAGCACCCCCUACUUCCCCCGGGAUGCUCAGAGACAUGAUAUUGAGGUCCUGGAGGCCAGUUUCCCUGCGAUCCUGGCGGAGUUCGAGGCCGUGUACCUCAGGGGGGUCGAGGGAAAGCUGGGCUGGAGCUGCGGAGGGACGCAACCCAAGGGCUUUUCCUCGUUCUCCCUCUUCUCUCGGGGUUCCUGGUCCCCCCAGAAUUGCCGCGCAUGCCCCCGCACAUACCGUGCACUCUCCUCGCUGCGCACAUUCAGUAACGGGAAUAUAUUCGGGAAUGCCGAAUUCUCUGUGCUGCAGCCGGGAGCCAGCCUGCCAGGGGGGUGCGGGCCCUGCAAUGCCAGACUGAGGUGCCACCUGGGUCUGAAGAUCCCGGCUGGCUGUGAGCUGGUGGUUGGGGGGGAGCCUCAAUGCUGGUCGGAGGGAUACUGCCUCCUAGUGGACGACUCAUUCCUGCACACGACAGCACACAACGCCCCGAUGCUGGACCCCGGGUUAUCUUUACGGUUGAUCUUUGGCACCCUAAUGUAGCCGCGGCAGAAAGACAAGCCCUAGAUUACAUCUUUGCACCGGGGCGCUGAAUCAACGAGAGAGAAGUGCGCCUCAAAACCACCAGGAACACUGUACCCCCACCCCCACCCCCCUCCCCUCCCUCACAUCUCGCUCUCCCGUUGACCCCACUCCCCUCUCACCCCCACUCCUCUCUCCUCACAUCUCCCUCUCUCCUCUCCUCUUUUAAGACUUCUCACUAAUAUAAACUAAUACUAUCAACCUCUGCCAUAGUAAUGUAUAGUAACAAAUAUUUCUGUAUAUAAAUUAUAUAUAUAUAUACACCCCACUCUAUACAUUUUAACAUUUCAUGUCAUGCUUUUUGUAAGAUAUAUCUAUAUAUCUCUGAAAGACAUUUUGUAUAAAAGUAUUACUGCAAGUUCUGUAAG